GUCACGCCCCGCGGCCUGGCUGGCUGCUCUCGUUCGGUGCUCAGUGUCUCCGGCGGAGCUUCUUCUUCUGUCCGACACCCGCCGACCUCCCCCCGGCCCGGCCCUGGAGCGAGGAGAGCGGACCCGACCGAGAGCUCACACUGGGAGAAGAAGCGGCAGCAGCAGCAUCACAAGGGGCCAGUCAAUGUGGGGGACAUGCUGGUAGGAGGAGAGAGCAGAGUGGCCAAGGAAUGAGCUCGUCAGUCGUCGCCUUCUUGCGAUCACAGGCUGGGGGAGGGACAAGGCCUGUAAGUGUUAAAAGCGCCGCCGAAAGCCAUCAAGUCUCUUGCCCUGCCAAAGCUGUGCUGUGUGGCAGAGCUGUGCAAACUUCAGGACUGGAUGGACCGGAAUACAAAUCCCUUGGCAGCAGGUGGAAUCUGCGCAGUACACCGGGGAGGAGGGCAGGGGAGCUGCGGUCUCGGUUGGCAGCUCCAGUGGCCCAGCCUCCUGCCAUGAUAUCAGCCGCCCCGCUCUACAGCGGUGUGCACAACUGGACCAGCGCCGACCGCGUGCGCAUGUGUGGCAUCAACGAGGACAGAAGGACGCCUCUCUCUGAUGAAGAAUCCAAAUUGAGCAGUACACAGUCCCUGGGGUGCGAAGAGCGUUGUGUGAGCAGUGUCCUCUCCAAGGUGGAUAUAACACUAGCGCCCAACCAAAGUGAUGUCCUGAUGCUGCAGGAAGAUGGCGGCGCACAGGUUGGAGCUGGCCAGCGACUAGAGGAGAAACCCCCGGACCCUGCCGUCUCCGAGCCCGCCGUCACGGCACCGUUGUCCAAAUCUAGAGGCAAGACUCGAGCACUUGAGGCCAAGCAAGCCGCUAACAUGCUGGAUACAAAAGUUCAAACCGCUUCGAGUAAACAUGGUAAAAAACUAGAGUCUGCCAGGACUCCGGCACAGGAGAAAGCGGCGGGCACAGAACCCCCUGCUCUCCGGCCUGCCGACGCGGAUCCUUCCAUGAAGCAAAAGCCUAUCCUGGGCCCUGGAUUACAAAUUGCAGGCCAGCCGGUGGAGGCCUCCCACACAGUAGUCUCGUCUAGCUUUGGCACCCUUACCCCAUUCACUAUGAGCAGAAUCUGCUUCUCCGCCACUCAGGUCCCUACCGUGCAGAAGCUUCCUCUGUCCUUUCCCACCGGUACUGUCUUAGCGCCGAGCCAGCCCUUAGUUUACAUCCCUCCAGCCAACUGUGGACAGCCCCUCAGCGUAGCUACCUUGCCUACCACGUUUGGCGUCACUCCGACUCUCACCCUUCCCAUGCUGCCCGCCUGUUUGCAGGACCGAUGUCUAAUCCAGACCCCUUCGGACAUGCACACCCAUGCUUUUGCCUCGCCUCUUGGAAGACCCUUAACCACUGACCCUAAAAUGGCUACUACCGAAUCAAAUAAACCAAUCAGCACAGCCCCUUCCAUUACCCUCACCAACUGCAAUAGCAUCAUCCCAUCUACGGCCGACGGCUCCAUAGCCUCCACCGACACGACGUCCUGCACACUGUCCUCCACGCUGUCCUCCGCACUUACAGCUUUACAGACUCUGUCUGCACAUCCCACUCUUCCCAUGGUCAACGUAAGCCCCAUCGCUCUCACCACCUAUUCAAGAACGCCUUCUAGCCUAGAACCUCAAAGCGAUUCCUCCUCGUCAUCGGUGUCCCCUUUAAAGUCCCCGCCGCAGCUGGAGCGAGAAAUGGCGUCUCCUCCGGAUGUGUACGAAAUGCCUUUGGACUUGUCCUCCAAAUCCCACCGUCAUAAACACGCCCCACCCAACCAACGUAAGACUCCUCCCAUGCCAGUGUUAACGCCGGUGCACACCAGUGGGAAAGCCACCCUGACCACGGUCUUGUCCAGGUCCGACUGUAACUCCCAGCGGCUCACGCCAAACACCAGCAGCAGUGUUAACCAGACUUUACGGGGGGCGCCACUGGUCAUGUUCCCAGACUUCUUAAGGAACGGAGAUCCGGGGUCGCCACAGCUGGCGCCUGGGUCUUGGAUCAAAAACUCAGCCGCUCUUAUUAGUACCAUUCCGGGUACUUACGUAGGGGUGGCCAACCCAGUGCCUGCCUCUGUGUUGUUGAACAAAGACUCGAACUUGAGCCUUAACACGGACACCCGCCAUUUGGCAAAGCAGGAACCUAUCUCAAUCAUUGACCAGGGAGAGCCAAAGAACUCAGGGUCGUGCGGCAAGAAAAACAGCCAGGCCAACGUCGACGGCCAGCAAGCCACCGAAAAAAGAAACCUUCUCGGACGGGUCGCUACAGUCAACUCCGUAUGUCCGUCGUCAAAGGAUUGGACCUUAUCUGGACACGGGACGGUACACCCAAAGUGUCCCUUAAACGGGAAGCCUACCAAUUCUCAGGUUCUGCCAGUUACUUGGUCUCCGUACCAUCAGACGUCGCUGCUUUCCAUCGGCUUACAGGCCGCAAGCACACUCCAUUCAAACCAAGGUCCUCCUCACAGACUUCCUGUCGCAGAAUACACUUUAUUCCCCAACAUUCUUCCAGCCGAGUCCAACGCAACGCCUCAAAGUACUGGCGACUCUACGCUUAACGCCCAACUGAAAAACUCUACGGGAGCUGCUCCGGAGCCGGACACGUCGGCCAAGGCAAGGACGUGCGAGACUCUUCCGAAGCAGCAUAAAUCCCAUACCAACAAAACACUGCUUGCACCAAAACCUUCUGCAGGAAAUCACGUUCUAUGCCCUCAGCCGGGUGUGGCGGACAGAGCAGAUUGUAGCGUGAACUCUCUACAGGGGGUGGAGGAAAGCCUCCUUUUAAAUAAAAUCGGCGAAAAAACGAACUGCAAAGACAAAAUUCGCCCAAAGCUGAGUUGCAGUCGAAAGAUCUUCGGCGAGGCCAAGCCGAAAAACAAGGUCUUGGCCUCGUACAUGACCAGCGACCAGCUGAACGCGGUUCAACCAAACGAAGGCAGCCACGGCUUUUCUCUGCUGGGUCUGGACUGCGCUAAAACAGACUUGAAGGCCGAUCUGCCGCAGGAUCAGCCCGCUCAGCGGAAACGGAGCCACAAAAAAGCACACGCGCCCGAGGCGACGCACUGCGUGCAGGAGGUGGACUUGAGCAAGGUCAAAAUCGAGAGGAUAGACGACGACGAGGAAAGCUUCGGACGCUUGCCGACUUUUAACGAUUCGUCUUGGUCACCCUUGGAAAUGCCACCCAUUACCAAAGUCAAGGCCAGGGUAAAGAAGGAGCCGGGGUUGAGGGGACGUAUAAAGCGGGUGGAGGAAUUAAUGCCGACCAAGACCAGACAACCGAAGUCGAAAUGUAAAUCGAAGCAAAAAGACAACGCGGAUCAAACCAUGGAGGAACCUCCCAAAAGGAAGCGGAGGAGACGGUCGGCAUCCACAGGGCCCGAAAAGAAGGAACCCAAAGCGGCAAAGUCCAAGAAGGAGCCAGCUGUCGGCCGGACCAGGAGGCGGAGGAGGAAGGUGAUAAAGAGCGAGCCUCUGGAUCCAGAGUACGAUCUGGCCACGCCAGAGAGAAAACCCAAAAACAAUUUCCGAGACUUCAUCCCAGUCAUCUUAAAAAGCAGAACGCGCAGCCAGACAGAGCCUUUCCCGACCGAGGAGGAGGAAGAUGAAGAGGAAGAGGAGACGGGUUCCCCUGGUAAAAGGCGGAGAGUAAGGGGACCGUACAAAGGGUGUCGGUCACGUAGGUUCGCCUCCAUUAAGGAGGAGCCCGAACCGGAGCUGAUCACCCCGCUGCUGCAGGAUUCCUGGGAGAUGUCCAACAGAGGCCUCAACCCUGGCAAAUCCGCGACCAUCUCUGAGCCGGACGACGAAGGGGGCCCCGAUGGUACGUUAAGGCGGAAGAAGAGGAGGAGGCAGAAGAACCGUAAAUACCAGAACGGGGAAUACCUGACCGAGAAGGAGGAGGAAGAGGUGUCUCAGUGUUUCCGGAGGAGACGGUCGCGGACAGGCCCCUAUAAAAGGAAGUCCUCACCAGACUACGAAUCCUAUAAAACCAAGAGCUCCCCAUCUUCCCGGGAUAAACUGAGACAAGGCUUCUCCAAAGGCGGCCCGGAGAACUUCACCUCGGCACAGACCACAGACAAACCCGCCGGGAAACGCAAGUGCAAAACGAAACACCUGGGAGGAGGAGGAGGCACCGACGAGGAGAUGAAGGGGAAGGGACGUCGGAGCUUGCAAUCCCCCAAGUCCUCGCCUAUGAAGUCUCCAAGGAAGGGCAGUGAACCCGGGACCCCGCACAGAUCUCGGCGUAGCGGUGCUCUGGGCUCCGGCGAGCCGAUACCGCCAGAAGCCAGGAAACUGAUUGUGAAUAAGAACGCAGGAGAAACUCUCCUACAGAGGGCGGCCCGGCUCGGAUACAAGGAUGUGGUGCUGUUCUGUCUGCAGCGAGAUCCAGGAGACAUCAACCACCGGGAUAACGCCGGAUACACCGCUCUGCACGAAGCCUGCUCACGCGGCUGGACCGACAUCUUACAGGUCCUCCUGUACAACGGGGCCAACGUCAACUGCAGCGCUCAGGAUGGGACCCGGCCCAUACAUGACGCGGUGGUCAACGACAACAUAGAGACGGUGUGGCUCCUCCUCUCCUACGGCGCCGAUCCCACGCUGGCCACCUACUCCGGGCAGACGCCCAUGAAGCUGGCAAGCAGCGAUGCCAUGAGGACCUUCCUGAGUGAUUACCUGUCGGACCUGCGAGGACGCACCGACGGCGACCCCCGAGCAUCAUGGGACUUCUACAGCAGCUCCAUACUCGAUGUGAAGGAUGAAGUUGGCCACGACGUUCUCCUGGACCCUUCGGAGACGUCCAAGAAGGAGGAAGGGGAGAAAGAGGAGGAGGACGACUUCCUGUUUGAGUUCUCGGAGGCCCCGCUCAUCCCCUGCUACAACCUGCAGGUCUCCCUGAGCAGCGGACCGGGUAACUGGUUCCUCAUCUCGGACGUCCUGAAGAAGAUGAAGCUGUCCUCCCGGAUAUUCCAAGCUCGCUACCCGCACUUUGAAAUCGCCAGCAUGCAGAAGAAGGAGUUCACCAACCAGGCGUUCACCAGUCAGAUCCUCACGCCCUCGGAGGGGGUGGACCUCUGGCCUCAGGACAGUGGGGAAACCGUAGAGUUAAUCAGGUAUGAAGCGGAACUAAUUCGACUCUUGGGCUCUGCGGUGGAAUUCCAGAGCGCCAGCAGCUGACGAGCGAGGAAAAGAGGGGGGGUUGUGUGCGCAAGACCUUUUUCAGCUGCUUAAUAGGCAAUAAAAAAAAAAACAGGAGGAGGAGGAGGAGGCCUUAGCGAUGCCAGCACCGGCGAAAUGGAUGUCUCGGUUUUAGCCGACGUUCUUUCUGUAGGAGGACAAUAUCUCCGCCGGGACAUCGGAGAACCGAUUGGCUAGCCAAGAUAUGAAAUUCAGUGGCGACGGCCUGGCGGGUUGACCGCGCGACUUCCUCAAGCCGCAACUUUCUCCGCCCCCGUCUUGUUACCUCCACCUUGUGCUGAGCAAGCAUCCAAAGCCUUUGUGUUUUUUCUUAAUUUUUUUUUGUUUUUAUCAAUUUUUUUUUCCAUGAGCGUGGUCCUUUGGAGAAAAAAAAAAAAAAAGCUCAGAUAUUGCCGCAGUACAGCCGCCGGUCAAGGCGGAUCCAUAGUGACUUGGUACGGUCACUCCUAACAGAGACAAUCAUGAAGGAACCCGAGAUCGAAAGCCAACUACAGCCAAGGAGGUCGUAGAACUUGGAAGCCUCAAUGUCCUUCGUCUAUGAAAAUACCGAAAUCGCUGGGCCUCCUCAACGAUGGAGCUGGCAAAAACCGCCAACGAGCUACCUAACUUUUAUUUUUUUUUGUAGUCACCGGGCCUCCGAGCCUCUAUCUACGAAUGAAAUCCCAAGCAUCCAACGUGCUGGUCUACUGAUGAUACUCAAAAAAAGAAAAAACGAAGCAUGGCCCAACUCUAUGGGUUUGUUGGGACAACAGAACAAGCCCCCUGACUGCCAGCGAAUUGGGGAAAUAUAAAAAGGCGUACCUUGAACAUCACGCAAGCGCCAUCAUGUUCUUUCCUGCAGGCCACGGCCUGAAAUAUUAAAAAGGCGUACCUUGAACAUCACGCAAGCGCCAUGUUCUUUCCGGCAGGCCAAGGCCUGAAAUCAAAAGAAAGGCGUACCUUGAACAUCACGCAAGCGCCAUGUUCUUUCCGGCAGGCCAAGGCCU